GGACACUCGUGAAGGAAGAUCACUGAUAUGUUUUAUAUGAAACAAGACAAGGCAGAGGGGUUGAAUCUGUGGUGACUUAUGUGACCAACGACUGCUUGGUGACUAACGACUGCUUCCCUUUUUUCUCGUUGAAUUUGUUGUUGUAGAUUCAAAGAACACGAUGUUCACUAAUGUAACCAGGAUAAAGGAUUUCUUCAUUGUUGGAUUUCCCGGGCUUUCACCAGACUACUAUAUACCCGUGUCAGUCGUGCUUUUCAUUCUCUACUUGGUGAUAGUGGGAGGAAACAUUUUUAUUUUAGUGUUUGUCAAAUGUGAAAGUUCUCUUCACAAACCCACGUAUCUGAUCUUCUGCCACCUCGCUAUGACAGACUUAGCGUUCGGGACGGCGACUCUUCCGAAGAUCAUUUCGAAAUACUGGUUCGACGACAGCGUGAUUUCGUUUUACGGCUGCUUCGUGCAAAUGUAUUUCGUCCACUUUCUCGGAGCGACUCAUUCGUUCAUCCUGAUGGUGAUGGCGCUCGAUCGCUCCAUUGCCGUUUGCGCUCCGCUGCGUUACACGGCGGUUUUCACCAACACCACAGUCUCUGUGCUGUGCGGAGUAUCGUGGAUUCUGCCAUUAUCAUGGAUGGUGGGUAUAGUUGUGGAUGCUCUGACGUUGCCUUUUUGCAAUUCCAAUAUUAUUCUUCAAUGCUACUGUGACCACAUCGCAAUCGCACGACUUGGGUGUGAGAAUGUGAGAGAAGUUGAGGUUGUUGCGUUCGUUGGGGCCAUGUUCUUUCUGUUGGUGCCUCUGGGCUUCAUCGUGUCCUCUUACUUUAUCAUCAUCGUGGCUGUUAUUCGUAUUUCCAACUCUGAGGGUCGUAUGAAGACUCUGUCCACCUGCACGCCGCAGCUCCUCAUCACCUUCAUCUAUUACAUGCCAAGGUGCUUUGUGUACAUGGCGAACAUUGUUGGAUUCAGGUUCAGCGUUCCGGUUCGCAUUAUCGUUGUCAUGCUGUACAGCCUGUUACCUGCCGCUAUCAACCCCAUUAUAUACUGUUUCAAAACCAAGGAUAUCAAGGAAAAUCUGAAUAGGAGAUUCCUUGUCAGGAAAAUUAACACAAGCUCAAAGACAUGAUGAAAUACAAUUUCAAAAUAAUAUUGUUUAAAUAAAUAAGAAAAUACAGUGAUGCAUUUACAUCUCUUUGUGUUUCAGAAUAAAUGUUUGUUGACACAGUUUGAUCAAAAUUCUCAUUUCAGGCUUAUUCACUGGUCAUUAUUAGAGGAAAAUGACAGAAAUGUAGCACAGUGACAAAACAUACACAUACAAAAAGACACAUCUACACACAAAAGCAUUUCUAUAAUAUAUUUGUAUGAUAUAUAAUGUAUAAAUCUAUCUGUUCAUGUCAGGUGUGAUGUCUUUACAUACACAGCACUAUGUGUGUGUGUGUGUGUGUGUGUCAUUAAAAAGAGCCAUUGUAUGUUUUUUGCAUGAUGAAAGUAUUUAAAGAUCCACUGAACUUGGCAGAAAAUUGAGAUCAAAUAUUUUUCUAUAAUCACCUGAAUGUAUGAAUUGUUGAUUUUAUUACCGUAGAACAAGCCUUUUUAGAUUUAUAUCAGGAGCAGGGUCAGCUUUGUUUUGGACCCCCACAUUUUUAAACAAUAACCCAUAAUUGAAUUGAAUUUUAGUGGCAUUGUUCAAACAGAAGCGGGACUAAACAAUUCAUCUAUUUCAAAUCACAUAGGCUGUGUUUUAUUAAUUCUAUUUAUGUUUGCUCUGUCUUAUCAUGCACCUUUUCAUGCCUCUUAGUUCUGAUACGUUCACUACAUACAUAUCCCGAUAAUGUCUCGGUAAUAUCUUCUUAUAUUUUAAUUUCUAUUUCUAUCUUGUAUUUGUUUUGUACUUUAUUGCUUUUUCUGUCCACAUUUGUCUCUGCCUGACUCCUUGUUGCUGUAACGAGUGAAUGUACCUUUUGUGCGAGCAAUAAAGGCUAAUCUAAUCUAAUC